CAUUCUCUCUUCCAUCCCCCCACCCAUCACCCAUGUGCUCCUCUGAAACCCACCACCUCAACCAUCCCUCCGGCAGCCCUCCGCCCACAGCCGACCAAAAGCUCCUCCCGUCCCCGCCGCUCAUCAUGACAAACAUGAACCCUCUUAAUAAUAUGCAUAUGCCCACCAUUGGCAUCAUAAAUAACAUCCUCUUCCAACCACUCCACUGGCUCCAAAUGCUCUGCCGAGAGCUGGACCCCAGCUUCAUCGCCGGCGUCGCCCUCGUCUACGGCCUCAGCCAAGGCUUCGCCGCCUCCUUCUUCCGCGUCGUCUCCGACUUCUACUGGAAAGACGUCCAGCGGGUCCAGCCCUCCGCCGUGCAACUCUACAUGGGUCUCUACUACCUGCCCUGGCUCAUGAAGCCCCUCUGGGGUCUCCUCACCGACGUCUUCCCCAUUAUGGGCUUCCGCCGCCGCCCCUACUUCGUCCUCGCUGGCGUCCUCGGCGCCGUUUCCGCGCUGGCCGUCGCCGCAUGCGGGAAGCUGCCCGAGGCGUUGGCGCUGGGCUGCUUGGUGGGGGUAACGGCGGCCAUGGCGAUCGCCGACGUGACUAUUGAUGCUUGCGUCGCCGGUUACAGCGUGGAGAAGCGGUCGUUGGCGCCGGACAUGCAGAGCCUUUGUGGGUUCUGCUCGUCGGCGGGUGCUCUGGUCGGCUACUCCACCAGCGGCUUAUUUGUACAUCAUCUUGGAGCUCAGGGGGCACUGGGGCUCUUGGCCCUUCCGCCGGCUUCAAUGAUAGUGCUUGGAUUUAUGAUGUACGAGUUAAGAACAACUCAUUUUGGGAAGAAGAAGGCAAUAGACAAGGUAGGAGGAGCCAUGGCUGGAAUGUAUAAAACAAUAAAGUUGCCUCAAGUGUGGAAGCCAUCCCUUUACAUGUAUCUCUCCCUUGCCCUCAGCAUAAGUACCCAUGAAGGGCAGUUCUAUUGGUACACUGACCCUAAAGGUGGUCCUGCCUUUUCCCAGGAGUUUGUGGGGAUGAUAUAUGCAAUUGGUGCAUUGGCUUCCAUGGUAGGCAUUCUAAUCUACCACAAGACCCUAAAACACUAUCCCUUCAGAAACCUCCUCUUCUUUGCUCAACUCCUCUAUGGUGCCUCUGGAAUGCUUGACGUUGUUUUCAUCCUUCGAUGGAACAUUGCCCUUGGAAUCCCAGACUCAUUCUUCGUAGUCGCCGAAGAAUGCUUCUCUCGAAUCGUGAGCAGAAUUCGGUGGAUGCCGAUGAUCGUGUUGAGUACUAGACUGUGCCCUGCCGGGAUUGAAGGCACCUUCUUUGCACUCCUAAUGUGCAUUGAUAGUUUAGGAUCGUUGUCCUCCAAGUUGGGUGGAGGAGUGGUCCUUCAUCUGUUGAAUGUCUCGAGGACUAAUUUCAAGAGCUUGUGGUUGGCAGUUCUAGUGAGAAACAUUAUGAGAAUUGCAACUUUAGGUCUCAUUUUUUUGGUUCCUAAAGCUGAUCAUAUGGAUGAUUUGUUUCCUUCUGAUAUUGUGAAGAGGUGUUCUACUGGGGAUGUAAACAAUGAGGAAUGCUUGCAACUUGUCUCCGUUGAUGAGAAAGUUGAAGCUUAGUAACAAAUUAACUUUUGGGAACA